AUGACUCCCCGGUUGAUGGGGCUGCCUACGCAGCUGGCACGUUUUGCCGCCCGUCCCAUUCACCAGGCCUCCCCUCUCGCCUUCCUCCUCCCCCAAUCCCAGCAAACCCGCACCAAUUCCAUUCUAGCCUCGCUCUCCGACACCCCAGGAGCCUACAACAAGCGCAUCCGUCGAGGCCGCGGUCCUGCCUCGGGGAAGGGUAAGACCUCCGGUCGCGGACACAAGGGUCAGGGCCAGCACGGAAAGGUCCCUGCUGGCUUCAAUGGUGGACAGACGAAAGAUAUCAUCGUUCAUGGUGAACGCGGCGGUGUCAAUAUCUUCUCCGUCGACAUGGCAGUCGUCAACCUCGACCGAAUCCAAUACUGGAUCGACCAAGGCCGCAUCGACCCAAACCGACCCAUAACAAUGAAAGAGUUGUACGACAGCAAAUGCACCAGCCGACCCAUCGACGGGCUCAAGAUCCUCGGCGACGGCAGCGAAGCCCUAAAACAACCCAUCCACGUCGUCGCCUCACGCGCCUCCGCCUCUGCCAUCGCCGCCAUCGAAGCCGCCGGCGGCUCCGUCACAACCCGCUACUACACGCCCUCGUCCAUCCGCCGCAUUCUCGACGGCCAAACGCACUCUUUCCUCUCUGCGGCGUGGGACCGUGCCAGCGGCUCGGAGAAUCUGCACCGUCUGGCCAAGGUGCAGACUACGGCGAAGUGGUCGACCGUUAUUGAUAUGCAUGCGAAGAAGUAUCGGCUGCCGGAUCCGACGAAAAGACGCGAUAUUGAGUAUUAUCGUGAUCCGGCGCAUAGGGGCUAUCUGGCACAUUUGCUUAAGCCGGAUGAGGGACCUUCGCUGUUCUUUAAGUCUCCUGAGGAGAGGAAGUCGGCGGCUGGUGUUAAGAAGGAGAAGGUUUUGCCGGAGAAUAGGCUUUGGUAG